GAAAUAGAUUUGUAACACGAACGAAGUUGGUGUGGCUUCGCGUUCAAAGUUUAGGCUCUCAGACUUGUUAAAAUGUCUCGGGAGCAGCUGGCUGUCCAGCAGGCUAGAAGGGUUUUCCUGACUGGAAGAUCUAAACCCCUGGAAUACAGAAUUAAACAGCUAAAAAACCUAAAGCGAUUCAUUACAGAGAGACAAAAGGAAAUUGUGGAUGCCCUUAGAAAAGAUCUCUAUAAGAGUGAAAAUGCGACACAUCUAUAUGAGAUCGUAGGCUUGGAGGGUGAAAUCAAUCUGGCUGUCAGCAAACUGGCUGAGUGGGCAGCCCCUCGUCCUGUGACCAAAAACCUUCUGACCAUCUCAGAUGAGGUGUACAUACAGCCAGAACCCCUUGGUGUUGUGCUUAUCAUUGGGGCCUGGAACUAUCCAAUAGCAGUUACACUACAACCCCUUGUUGGUGCAAUUGCUGCUGGUAAUGCUGCAGUAGUGAAACCAUCAGAAGUUUGCUCUCACACAGCCAAAGUGAUGGAGCUCCUGCCUCUCUACUUGGACCCUGAAAUGUAUCCAGUGGUGACAGGAGGCGUUCCAGAGACCCAGGAACUGCUGAAGCAGCGUUUCGACCACAUCUUUUAUACGGGAAACAGCACAGUGGGGAAACUAGUUAUGGAAGCAGCUGCUCACCAUCUCACUCCAGUGACUUUAGAACUGGGAGGAAAGAGCCCCUGUUAUAUUGAUAAGACCUGUGAUAUUAGAAUCGCAUGCCGCCGCAUCACUUGGGGAAAGUAUGUCAACUGUGGUCAAACCUGCAUUGCACCUGAUUACAUCCUCUGUGAACCCAGCAUCCAAGACAUCGUGAUUGAUGAGAUCCAGAAAUGCAUCAAGGAGUUUUAUACGGAUGACCCCAAGAGCUUUGCAGAUUAUGGGCGCAUUAUAAAUCAGCGCCAUUUCAAGAGGAUAAUGGCACUUAUUGAGGAUAGCACAGUGGCUAUAGGAGGAGAGAAUGAUGAAUCAGAGUGUUAUAUUGCUCCCACUGUUUUGAGGGAUGUGACAUUAGAAUCCAAAGUGAUGCAGGAAGAGAUCUUUGGGCCAAUUCUUCCUAUUAUAACUGUAAAUGGUUUAAAAGAAGCCAUUCAGUUGAUCAAUGAACGAGAAAAGCCACUAGCACUCUAUGUUUUCUCUUCCAGUAACAAGGUCAUCAAACAGAUGAUAUCGGAGACAUCUAGUGGAGCGCUCAUAGCCAAUGACUGUCUGGUGCAUUUCACCAUAAGUGAUUUGCCUUUUGGUGGUGUUGGGAAUAGUGGAACUGGUUGCUACCAUGGCAAAUACAGUUUCGAUCAACUGAGUCACCUUCGCAGCUGUCUCAUUAAGAAGCUGAACAUGGAGUUAGUUAAUCAGAUGCGUUACCCUCCCCACACAUCAGAGAAGUUACGUUGGGCUCGUAUUCUUCUCUUGAAGCAAGUAAAUCUGGCUAGGUGGCGUCGAAUGGCACAGGUUGCUAUGCUUGCUGCGCUGGCAACUUUUGUGGUGCAGAGGUUUUUGCGAUGACUCGCAAGAGGAGGAGGACUAACUAAAGAUUGUCCUUCUGGACCCACAGCUAUCACAUCGUCAUCUUAGUGUAAUAUGAUUGCUGUGCUGUAGUUUUUACUCUGCAUAUGAAUGCAAACAAUGUUACAAACAUCCAACUAAUGAAUGGUAUAUAUUUAUACAUUUUAUAAAUGAAAUUUGUCUGAAAUGAAUCACCACAUGCAUCAUAAUUGUACACCUUGCUGAAUCAGUUGAUAUUCUUUAGAUUGACUUGUUUAUCAUCACUUUUUGUUGUCAAAUGGUAUGUAAACAGAUUGUGUAAUAGGGGCAAUAUUAGGCUAACUAUCAUUUAACAAUAAUUAAAGCAGACAAUAGAACCAAAUCUAAUGAUCAUUGUGCAUUCAGAUGUGUUGAUACAUAAAUCAGAGUUUCAUGAAAUUUCUAGCCAUCUGAAUGUACACUAAUCUGUUAAGCAUUAUGUAACUGAAGUUAUUAUGAAGUGUUGUGUAACCCAAGAUUUCAUAUCAAUGGUGGGAUUUUGUGCAUCAUAUUAAAUAAACUGUAUUAAGCUGUU